CGCUGACGUCGGUUGGGGGCGGCCGGGCCUGGAAAGCCAGGUCCUGGGGUUUCCCCUGAGCGGCAGCGGUGCCCCCAGAGCCGGAGGCUUCCAUCCAGGCCCUGAAUGGCUGACCUCCAGUUGGCUCCAUGUCUGCCUGUGGGCGUUAUGUUCCCACAUAAUAAAACAGAGGCUGCAGGGCUGCACUCCGCCCGGCGAGACCCUUAUGGACAAGGUGACACUGCGCAGCCGUCCUCCGUGGGGCAUCCGAGGGACCACUUCCGGAAGAAGCUUUUGAGCAGCAGAGAGCUGACGCGGGAGAAGGUCUACACCCCGCCCAACCAGAACACGCGCUCCAAAGCGGGGUGCAGCUCCCCUCGCUGUGCGGAUGCUGACUCGGGAAGCGGGCCCCAGGGCCAAGGACAAGGUUGGUUCGCUGCAUCGGGCCCUCCGUCCUGGCAUCCCAAAGCAAAUAACCCAUACUUGGGUCCCUUCACGAAGAAGCGAGUUGGGGUGGAUCGGGCGUACCCGCUGAAACCUAUGGUCCACCGGAAGUCUCGCAGUACCGGGGAGGCUGGCCCCGCAGGGAACCAGAACGUCUGCGUGAGCGCCUCUGAGCCGAGAGAGCUUCCACACAGCGACUUCACGCCAAGGAGCAGGGUGAAUCCCUCUGUGGUUGGUGCCGUCCUUGCCGCCAUGCAGGGCGAGAGGGCCGUGGCAAACCUCCCCAGGCCUGAGUGGGUGCAGAUCCAGAGACUGGAAGCCCUGGGGGAGAGCUUAGAGGAGGAAAUCCGGAGAAAGGAGAUUGUCCUGCGGAACAAGCUGAAGAAGGCGGAGGAGGAGCUCAGGCGGAUCGAGAGGGGCAAGGAGGAGGCCGAGGGAAACGCACACAGAGAGCUCCAGAGGAUGAUUCUCUCCAGGAGGAGGGCGCACGGUGGUGCCAGCCACCCCGCGUGCAAGCCCACCUUCCCCCCAGGAUUUGGGUCCGAGGAGGCGCCCAGGAGUGACAGAAGAGAGGAUGGAACUUGGAGACAGUCUCGAGAAAAUGCUAGUCUAUGCCAGUUCUCGGAUCACGGAGUCCAGGGGCUGAAAAGGGAGAGGCCGGCGGCAAACAGUAACAAAAUCAAAGAUGGGGUCUUGGGGCCAUCCACGGAGGAGGUCUCUCAGACUUCGGAAGCGCCGGAUGGUGCUUUCCAGGGGCUCGGUGCGGAUUCCAGCCCGUGCAGGGCACCAGGCUCGUCGGGUUCCAGCUGUUCUGAAGAGCCGGAACUGGGCCAGUGCAGCCACUGUGGACGCACGUUUCUCCUGCUGAGGCUGGAGCGACACUCCAACGUCUGCAGCAGGGUGCAGGGCUCCAGGAGGAAGGUGUUCGACUCCUCCAGGGCCCGGGCCAAGGGCACAGAACUGGAGCAGUACUUGAACUGGAAGGGGCCAGCCUCGGUCAAGCCUGAGCCUCCGCGGAAGAGCAACUGGAGACAGAAGCAUGAGUCUUUCAUCCGUACCCUCCGCCAGGCUCGGGAGGUCCAGCAGGCCAUUGCCAAAGGCGGAAACCCCUCCGACUUGCCUCCCAUCCUGCCUGCCGAAAACCCGGACUACAUUCAGUGUCCUCACUGUAGCCGCCACUUUGCUCCCAAGGUGGCUGAGCGACACGUUCCCAAGUGUAAGACCAUCAAGAACCGCCCCCCGCCUCCAAGGAAGCAUUACGGGUGAGCAGCCAGCACCGGUGCCACCUCCCUGGUGGUGCAGGAGGCUCUGCUGUGAACGGGAGCGGACUAAUCUGAUGCGAAGCAGAAAGAAACAAAACCUUUGCAUCUCCCAGAUCUGCCUGCAGAGAUAGUCGGUGAGGAGAGACCCACUGCGGAGCAGGGGCGGCAGGGGACGCACUAGCUUCCCCCUGAAUCACCGCCGUGGACUGCUGUGCCUUCCGGCGUCGCCCUGAGAACGGCGGGCUGAAGACAGAAGACGGGUGAGCAGGGUGUAGUAAAGCCGUCUUCUUGCAAGGCUGACUUGUGGUUUGUGCCAGCAAAGUGCCUGCAUUUGGUGGUGCCUUGUGGCCACUGCGUGUGUGUGGCUCCUGUUAACUCUUCUCACUCUUGCAAGCUGGAGUGCUAGGCUGAGUUGGUGUUAGAGGAUCACGGUCCCCCAGAUGGUACCUCUUACAAGAUAGUAAGAUUUUGCCGUAAGACAUUAAGUCUACCCCUGGCCUCCCUGUGCAUGGUCCUGGCCGAAAGCCAAUGGAAGUAUGUAAGACUAGGGCACUAGCACAUCCUCAGCCGUCCCCAUGGCAUCUUGUAUAGUAAAGGAACCACGCUUAUGUAAUUUAGAAGGCAGGCGCUGGGGAAACACGUUAAACUUUUCUCUACCUGUUCUUUCCUAAUGGGCUUCACAUGUCGGAGGAACGGGAGGAAGACCUGUUUCAGCCGUUACAGGCAGUCUGCUUCAAAUCAGGUUGGCAGAACGACUGCUUAAAUGAGGCAGAACCUUCCAUGAAAGCCAGCUGGACACCGCGUAGUGUUACAUGUCCCUGCUGGUCACUCAGCUUCUGUUUGAGAGAUUAGACUCGGAAGGAGAAAGGGCCAGAUCCUUCUACACAGAAGAGUGCCUAGUGCGUUAGGCCUUCCAUUCGUGGGUUCUGAGUAAAUGAAAAGGUGAGGGGGUGGGGAGGUUCCAAGAUGGCAGAAUAGGGAGGGCGCUUACUGAUAGUCCAGGAGGAUAGUUUAAUAGAAGUGGAGAUAGUGUAGUCUCAGGGAAGUUAGGGAAAAAAAUGGCAGAGAAAGCUCUUCCAUAAUUAGAGGGACAUGGUGGACCUACGUGGAGGGCACGGGUGCCCAUGUCUCGGGACUCUAGCUGCCAAGAGCCUCCGCACCAGCGCUGGAAAGUGAGCUCUCUGUUAUGGCCUGGGACAGCAGUGGAGGAUGGCCCAAGUCCUUGGGCACCUGCACCCGCAUGGGAGACCCUGGAAGAAGUUCCUGGCUCCUGGCUUCGGGUUGGUGCAGCUCCGGCUGUUGCAGACAAUUGGGGAGUGAACCAGCGGAUGGAAGACCUCUCUCUUUCUGUAAUUCUUUCAAGUAAAAUAAAUAAAUCUUAAAAAACAAAAACAAGUGAGGGGGCCAGUGUUGUAGCAUGGUACAUUAAGCCACCGCCAGUAACGCCGGCAUCUCACAUGGGUGCUGGUUCCUGUCCCAGCUGUUCCACUUCUGAUCCAGCUCCCUGCUAAUGCGACCUGGGAAAGGAGCAGAAGAUGGCCCAAAUGCUUUGGUUCCUGCCACCCACAUGGGAAACUGGGACAGAGUUCUUGGCUCUGGGCUUUGGCCUGGCCUGCCCUGGCUGUUGCACCCAUUUAGGGAAUGAAUCAGUAGGUGGAAGAUCUGUCUGUCCCUCUCUCACUGUAACUCUGCCUUCCAAAUAAAUAAAUACAUAAUUUUUAAAAAAGAUUUAUUCAUUUGAAAGGCAGUUACAUAGACGCAGAAGCAGAAAGAGUUUGUCCAUCCGCUGGUUCACUCCCCAAAUGGCCACAACAGCUAGCUGGUCCGAUAUGAAAGCAGGAGCCAGGAGCUGCUUCCACGUCUCUCAUGCAGAUGCAGGGGGCCAAGGACUUGGGCCAUCUUCUAGUGCUUUCCCAGGUCAUAGCAGAAAGCUGGAUUGGAAGUGGAGUAGCUGGGACUCGAACUGGUGCCCAUAUGGGAUGCCGGCACUUCAGGUGGCGGCUUUACUGAUUAAGCCACAGUGCUGGCCCCAGUACAUAAAUCUUAAAAAAAAAAACCUCAGUCCCAGGUUUAUGCAGUGGGAAAGCUGGCAAGUUAAUGUCUGAGGGGGGAGUAUCAGUUCAGAAAGGGGUGAAGCUGCACUGCAGAUCUGAGGUACUAGUGGAAUUACUGAGCCAGGAGCAUCACCAAAAUCGUUAACUCCUGGAGAAAAGCUACCCAAUUUGAACUGAGCACAUAACAAAACCGUGUUUUACUAGAUAACACAAGGCCACUCACUCUUGUUCGAUUCCCUCUCUGGCCUCUGCUGAGGGCUGGGCUUCCACAGAACAACUGGCAGCGUGAAUGUAUGGCUCUAGCAGCAAAGCUGCAGGACACCAGGCUCAAGAGAAUGCACUGCAAUGCUUUGUGCUUCCUCCUCUCAGGGGAAAAGUGUCAAACCCUGGGGAUUUAACCCACGGCGCACGUGCUCCAGUCAAGUCUGGUGAGGUACCCUCGAGUGUCACUCUGGUUAAAAGCGACAGAAGUGAAGCAGCAGUGGCCAGGGUCGCACACUGGCAGCCAGGGGUCUGCUCGGCCCCGCAGAUGUGUCUUAUUUGGCUAGCACUGCGUUCCGACUGGGAUCUGACAUCUAAAAAGAUUGAGAUAAGGAGAAUUUCUUGGGAAACUUGAAGUUCUGGAAACAUUGGGUCAGGGACCUGCAUAGGACAAAUUGGGUGGGGCCAGAAUCAGUUGCUCUCUCAGAGCACGUGCCUGUUUCACUUCCUGCAUCUGCUUGGGACCCUAGAUGAUGCUAGAGGGUCGCAGGCCUCGUAGGCCUCGGCCCCCAAAAAGCAGGUCUGUGUGUGUUGGGGGGAGUGCUUUUUUUGGAAGCAGUGGUCUAUCCUUAUCUCGCUAAGGAAAUAAAACAAUAGUUGCUA